AGCAAAUGAGGGGGAAGUUGGGCGUUGAAAGAGCGGCGUUGAUUAGCGAAUCUGGAAUCACCUGGAUGAAAGUCCACUUGUGAUUCGUCACAAGUAGAUCAAAGCCCUUGUGGGCUGGAACUAGCCGGACUGAGAGGUGUGAAUAGAGGACCCGGGAGACUGGGAGCCAGGAAACCCAGGAGGGCACAGGAGCCCAGUUACCCGAGCCCCAGAGACAGCUCGUCAUCCGCCUCCACAGCAUGGCUGGCACGGUGCUCGGCGUGGGGGCUGGCGUGUUCAUCCUGGCCCUGCUCUGGGUGUCGGUGCUGCUACUGUGUGUGCUGCUGUCCAGAGCCUCCGGUGUAGCUCGGUUCUCCAUUAUUUUCGUGUUCCUCGGUGCUCUGAUCAUCACAGCAAUUCUGUUGCUCUUCCCCCGAGCCAGUGAACUCCCAACCCCUGAGGCUGAAGUGAAGAUCGUUGAUACCUUUUUCAUUGGCCGCUAUGUCCUGCUGGCUUUCCUCACUGCCAUCUUCCUGGGGAGCCUCUUCUUGGUUCUAGUCCAUCACAUCCUGGAGCCAGUCUAUGCCAAACCACUUCGGUCCUACUGAGCAACACUCAAGAAGACCAAGACCUUUCCUCCCGUCGCUUUGAUGUCAUCAGUGAGCAGAAAGGUACUGUUCGGAGCAUUGUCUUGACAGCAUUCAUGCUUAAGAUCAGAGGAACAUCUAUUCAUCACUCAGACAAACCCCUUGAGUCCCGGCUUCCAGAAACAGGGUUGCAGAAUUGUCCCUGGGAUCCUAGGAGAGAUAAUUGCUGUCUUCUUAACACCUGCACUUCAGGUUUUCCAUCUCUUUUGAGAGGGAAAUGGCAACAGUGAUCUGCUUAGAUUUCAAUCAGGCCAUCAGCAUGUGGAUUUUGGGAAAAGGAGCACUUUGGUUUCUGCUGUUCAAUAGAAGAACCUGGUCCUUUUUGAUAAUAUGUAAAAUUCUUAGUUACAAGGUCAAGAUCACUUGGAAAAGAAAGACAUUCAAAGUUGAAAAGUUCAUUUUAAAGGGAUGACCUGGGAACGCAUCCAGGUGCUGGAUAUGGAGCUUUCUGUGCAGACCAUGCCUCAGGGCUCUGCAAAGGCCAUGUGUCACCUCCCACUGUUCCAGGAAAGCCAUCAACAGUGGCCGAAGGACUGCUUUUCACCUCAGACUCCUGGCCACAGCUUUCUGAAUUUAGCAUUUCGAGUUUACUUGGGGAUUAGAAGCAGGGUAUGGAAACGUCUCUUGUCUGUCCUACCGCUCUGUCUCUCUGGAUUCUUUUUUUCCUAGGAUUGAGUGACCUUUGUUGCCUUAUUUAGUUACCAUAACAGUCCAUUCUGGGUUAUUGUCAUCUCUUUCAUCGUUGUAGCUCUUUCUCCAAAGCCAGUGAAGAAUGUAUAUUCCCGGGAUUAGGCAUAACUUUAUACCUAAGCCCCAGACCAAGUGAAAUCUGUCAUUAAACAGAGGGGCUCUCGGCUGCUUCCACUUUGGAAAUCUCAUUGUGGCUCCCUAGAGCUAUUUGAAAAAGGAGAUUCUGGCUUAAAAUUAAGAACCAGAAAACAAUUGGAAAGAGAACUUUGAGUACAUGCUAUGUGCCCGUAGUACACUAGUCUAGGUUUGUUUGUUUGGUUGGUUGUUGUUGUUUUUUACACAGAUGUAGAUGACGGACUUCCAUGUUAAGGGCAAAAACAUACUUUGUACAAAGUGUAUUUUAGCUCGGCCUGCCUUCUGUAGCUCCUGUAACUACCAGCAGUGGUGAACUGAAUACUAGAUCAAUUUCUACCUUCAUACUCAAAACAGUCAUGUCCAACCCUGGGGGAAGAAAAAGCAAACCCACAGAGUUGGGAUAAGAAUAAAAGGCUGGGAGGGCACAAAGUUAAUUUUACUGAGUUCUGCAUGGGGCACCCUGAUAAUCAAUAGAUAAUAUUGGCACCCUUUUGUUCAUGGCCUUCCUGGAGGUAGAGCUUAAAUACAAAUAGAUCGUCUCAGUUUCCAUUCAUUGGUCUUUGAUCAAUGCCCCUAGAGCUAGUUGUGCUCCCCAGAAGGGAUCCUGUGGCAAAGAGAUGUAGUGAUCCCACAGGGGAAGGGAGAGUAAAUCUGGGCCUCCAUAUAAGAAGACAGGUAGGAGUUCCUGUCAUGGCUCAGUGGAAGCGAAUCUGACUAGCAUCCAUGAGGAUGCAUGUUUGAUCCCAGGCCUUACUCAGUGGGUUAAGGAUCUGGCACUGCGGUGAGCUGUGGUAUAGGUCGGCAGCUGUAGUUCCAAUUCAACACCUAGCCUGAGACCUUCCAUAUGCUGCCCUUAAAAAAAAAAAAGAACGAACGAAAGAAAGAAAACAGGUAAUUUCAUUGCCUCUUAAAAUUGUAUCCUGACAAAAACCAAAUCAGCAAGGCGCCACCCCCACCACGGAGACAUUCGUCUGAUCCGCUAGGUGGCGCUGUGCUGCAUUUUAGAAGGCCCUCGGGCCAGCCAAACAACGUUAGGUUCUUUUUUAACAAGUUCCUUCUAGCUCUCACUUAUAAAAUAGAAGUAAAGCUAACGUUCUUUACUGAUGCACGAUAUCAGACAUCUAAAAAUUCUCCAAAGUUUUUGUACAAUGUUCAGUUACUAGGGAAUGCACUGCCCGUCCUCCACGCUGCAUAGAGCAGGCUUACCAUUCAUUCCGCGUUUACUGUGUUUACUCUGGAUGUGAAGCCUCGUCCUGGUGCUGUAAAUCACCCCAAGAAGGAGGCUCUGAGGCUCCUAGGCUGUCUCCCUCACUCCAUCCUGGGAUGAAAAUGUUUUUAAUUCUAACCUAAUCCAUUUCUUGUUCUGUUCUCUAAGACAUAAACUUUUCUAUCAACUGUGUCUCUUGCUGCUGCUGCUGCAGUUGAAGCAGUUUUAUUUUGCUCUGAUUUUUAUUUGUGUGUAAAGAAACCUGCUGCAAUUAUUUCGUAGAUGAGAAACAGGCAGAGAGAUAAAGAGAUUUAAAAAGUUUCACAGCUAGUUAGGUAGUGGGGCUCAAACUUGACAAUGGGAUCUUGUCACCUCAUUUCUCAGGUAGUUUAAAGAGCAGUUUUGGCUUUCAAACAACUCCUUAGUUUUACAUUGGGUAAUACUAUUUCUUAGCUAUUUGCACCCACCAUUCCCCUGACCCAUAUCCAAAAAAAGACAAAAGUUUCAUGAAAGAAUUCCUAAUUAACAUUUAUAGUACAGAUAACAUUUUAUCAUAACUUCUUGGCUUAAACCUUUAAGUAUUUGGCUUUAUUACAUAGGAGCAAGGUUCCAGAGCGGGGAAUGGGAAUUGCAUAGAAAAGAAUCUGAGGAAAUGCUGAUUAUCCUCUCAGGAGCAUAAAAGCUCAGGGUUGGAGGGCAUUUUAUAGUCCAUGGAGUUCAAUCUUUAGUCUCUAUUUCCAUCCCAAUACUUCAGAAUAUCCUAUUCUUUACAUGCUGAAAUCACAAUUUUUAUUAUAUUUAGCAAACAGGUUAGACAUUUUUCUAAGGACUUUGUAUUAGAUAAUCCUCGUAGCAACCGUGUGACAUAAAUGCUGUUAAUACCCCCAUUUCACAAAUGGGGAGUGGGCACAGAGGGGUGUGGUGGUUUGCUUGAGGUCACUCAGCUCAGGAAGGCAGGUAGCCUAAGUGCCUCACUGCCUCAUACCCUGUUGCUUUGUAAGCUGAAAACAAAGGAAAAGGAGGGACCAAGGAAAUACUGAGCAGAGGCUGUUGAGUCUAGUGGAAAAUCCAAAUGGGCCAGGAAUCUAGGGCAAAGCAGUUAGAAGCCACAUGGGACCUCGGGGACAGCCUCACUGGUCAGCUCUGGUUUGGGGGUCUCCGCAUGGUGAGACUUCGGCUCCCCCCUCGAUUAGAGAUCCUCAGCGAGGGAGCUCGUGGGCUGAGUGUCAAGGAUGCAGGCAGCAAUCUCUCUCUUCAGCACUGUCUAUCCGAGAGGUUAAUACUUGGGUUGGUUUGCAGAGGUGUGGGUGGAAGAGUCAAAGCCACAAGCCAAGAAUGCGUGUUGGUUUCUUGAUCUCUGUCUCUAGCAGAGCACAGUGGUGGCUGUUUACUCAAGCAAAAAAAGUGUUUGUAACCCCCCACUCCUUCCCCACCCCCCGCCCCCACCCAAUAUACCCUCCUGCCUCAGUUCCUGGGACUAAAAAAGUGACAGCAGGGACCGAAAUCAGGACCCAGCACCACAGAAAAAAGGAGAUAGUUCAUUUUUCCGGUUUUCCACACACACAUUGGAUAUUGUCAAGGAUGUGUGUUUAGCCCAAGUCCUGCCUUCAGAGAAGUCAGGGGACUUACACAUGUGGCAUUUAUGGGGUCCCCGGCUGCUCCAUGGCCACCUUCACCACUUGUUUUUUAAAUCUUUGAGGAUUUUUUUGGUUUUGCUGUCUUCAAAUUGGUAUAGCCCCCAUUUUACACUGGGAAUAUUUAAUAGUAUCCUGUGACAAAUUACUACAACCUCAGUCGUUUAGAACAAUGUAAAUUUAUUAUCUUACAGUUCUGGAGGUCAGAAAUCUGAAAGAGGUUUCAUGAAGCUAAACUCAACAUUUGGGAGGCUUGAGGGGAGAAUCCUGUUUCUGUGGCUUUGCAGCCUCCAGAGCCACCUGUAUUUCCUUGGCCCUUCCUCCCUCUUCAAAGCCAGCAUCUUCUAACCUGACAUUUGACACUUUUACCUCCUUCUUUGAGUAUUUAAGGACCCUGUUGAUUACUCUGGGCCCACUCUGACCAUCCCAGAUUAGCUCCCCAUCUCAUGGUCCUUAAGCACAUUGCAAAGUCUCGUUUGCCAUGCAGGAUGCCAUAGCCACUGGUUCUGGGCAUUAGGACAUGGACCUCUCUGGAGGAGGGACAAUAUCCUGCCUCCCACCAAAUAUGUGGCCCCAUCUUCCACCUAUAGGGACUGCCUCCUUCUACUCUCCCUCUUCUGUACCCUGCGCCUUUUUAGACAAGGCCUGCCCCGAGCCACCAGCACUACUCUCCAGUUCUCAGGGUGCCCACCCGACACCCAAGAUAUGUUGUUUCCUUCCCCCCAACUGGGUCUUUGUGGCAGCCUCAGCGUGUUCAGACCUACCGAGAACUGUUCUCCCUUUCUUUUCUUUACAUCUUCCCAUUCCACCGCCACCCCCCUCAGCAGCCCAGCCUCCCAGUGGAUCUCUAAAGGAGAAAUGCAAAGAGUUAUUGCUUUUUAAUUACAAGUGCUAUUGUAACAUCUAUAAGGAAGAACACUUUAAGCUUAAUUGAGAACAAAUGUGAAGUUAAAUUAAAUGAAUAACUAAUUAACGUAAUGCUCCUGCAUUAGCCCCGAGUGAGUGCUGAGGCCCAGAGAAGAGGCGGGUCCUAGGCCUCCAGGGACAGUCGAUGCCCAAAGCUACACAGGUACCCUGGGCCUGGGAGACAGGUGGGCAGAUCUGCAAGGGCAGACCUCAGGGCCAAGCCCCCAAACACCCACCUACUGCCCCAGCCCUCGUUUCUGAGGCUGGGCCCCAAGCUCCCGCCAUGCCCUUUGCAUCUCCCUAGCGCCACGCUGAACCACUGGCACAAGCAAAUGUCUGGUUCAUCCAGGGUGUGCAGAAUAAGCCCAUCAGGAACACAGGGGAGAAGAGGCCAGCCGCAGAGAGCCAGGACCUGCACCUUUGUUCAUCUAGUCCCUGUGCCUGAUGUGUUAGGGGCUUGAUACCGUGUUCAUUUUAACUCCCUGGUCCACGUCCCCUCACUGCCUUACCAGACCCAACACCCAAAUCAUGUUCAUUCUUCCUUCAGGGCGGUCACAGUCAUUCCUCUGUUGCCAUGGGGACUGCCUUCCUGCCAGCCCUGUCCCUUCAGGGACAAAUUCUCUCAACCUGAGUCACCCUCCUCGGUGUUUGUUUUUUGUUUUUGUUUUUGUUUUUGUUUUCCUUGUAUUGGUUUGAACAUCUCCCUCUCCCUGUCUUAUCCUCUAACUAGACAAAGCCCUGAGGGUAGGGAGGGUGUUUAACACUGACAAGUCUCCCCUGACAGGGAUCCUCUGAGGUAGGGACCGCCAUUACUCCUUUCUCAGGAGGAAGAGGCUCAAAGCCAGUCCAUGGUGAGGCUGGGGACAAGGAGGCCUCCAGAAUGGGUGCCCAGGAAAGAACAGCACCCCCCUACCCUGCCCCUGAAAGUGGGCAGGUGAGGGAGUCUCUCUACCCACUGGAAGCAGAAAGGGAGCCCAGGCCACCGCCUCUAGCAUGGGAUGAUGGCGCCAUCUAGUGGCCUCCCUGAGUGAUGCUGUCAGGUAGACCUAGUCUUGAAAGAUGCUUUCCUGAACCUGAACACCUGGCCAUCCACUGCAGCUCUGCCCUGGAGGCCUGAGGGAUUAGACAUCUCAACUGGCUCCUGCUUUCAAAGCCAGAGUGGGUCUCAGGCACUUUUGAGACUGUCACCACCGGCAUCUAUACAGUCUGUUUCAUUGUGGUGGGAUCUGUAUCCAGCCAUUGCACUGGCCCACACAGGCUCACCCACGGGUCAUCAGUGUUGUCAUGACCACCUCCUCUGGUCCCCGCCAAUUGCAAGCAGCCCCAACUCUCCACCUUUGUGGUCCUGGGAAGCAGCUCCAACAGCCCACAUAAGACUUGACAAGGAUGAGCACAGACACCUCUGGCAAAAGACAUCUGUAUUGAUGCUGCUGCCUUUGAGGCGGCCAGAAAUGCCAAGAGCUAGGCUGGUAAAUCCAUGGAUUUGGGGCAGCCAGAACAAGCACAUCAGGAACAGGAGGAGAGGAGGCUGGCUGCAGAGAGCCAAGACCUGCAUACGGAACAGCUGCACCCUCUAUCCUGGUUAGUAUUGUCACCUGCGCUUAGGCUGCGCUUAGGCUGUCAGCCCUUUUUCUGUGUCCACUGUCUACUCCAUCCUAGGGCAGAGCCGGCAAACAGUGAACACCCGAGAGCCACUGGCAUUUCAUUACCAAAAUAUUUAAUACACACACCGGUACUUUUGGUCAUUUCCUGCCCCCUUCCCCCACAGCACUGCCCGACAGGCCAUCUUCCCUGGAGACACAGAGGGCUGGGACAAGAGCCAGGCAAGGUGGCCUCACUCUCAGGGGCCGCACAGGCCCAAGCCCAGGAGUGACGCCCCCUUUGCCUCUCUCUCUAGUCCUGGCCCCAAAAGAUACAGCAAUAAUGCUCUCAAAAUGGGUCAGCAGUUAGAAGCAGGAUCAAAUGGAGGGUAGGGGGAGAGGUGCCGACGUGGGGAAACACACGGAGAACACUGGUUUGUGGACCAGGGACAAGGAGAGGCUGGCUGGCUCUCAAAGACCCACUUCUGGGUACAGCUGAUUACGGAGGUUCAAAUUUAACACGAGAAGGAGAGACACACUUUUUCUAGGCCUUGGCCUGGCCGAACCUUCUCCUUCUGUCUUGGGAGCUGAACAAGCAAGACUCUGAGCACAUCCUUGUUAUACCACAGAGGAGACACCACUCAGCCCUGAACCCUAUCCCUUCCGCUUGCCGCCUCCAGAGCUCAGGCCUAUCUCGCUGUCAACAUAACCGAUACCAUCUUAGGCUCUGGUUUCUCCUCUCCUUCUGUGGCCCCUACCCAGGACUCUAGUGUGCGGUAAAACACUUCUCUGUCAUCAAAACUUUGUGGUUAAUAGAUAUUGUUGAAUAAUCAUUAGGACCGGGGAGCUUCUAUGCUCUGUUAGUCCCCAAACAAUGAUGGAAACCUUCCCUGACGUAUUCCCGGCACCCACGGGGCUGGUUACCCAAUCUUAAAUCCUAACUCAGGAAUGCAUGUCCUGCUUCUAAGCACCUGCCUCCCUAGCCUAGCUUAACUGUAAAAUCGCCCCAAUGGCCCCUGGGACCAUGCGCAUGGUGCCCAGAGCAUCGUCCGCCCGAUCCUUGUCCCCAUCCCACCCUGUGAGGAAGUGACCCUAUAAUAAACUGACCCACUGAUUGCA